UCGAUUCGUGAUUGGAAUUUUUUGGUGUCCGAUCGACGAAAUCUAUAAAUAAAAAAAAUCCCAGCUAACGCAGCUCUAAUUUCAAAUUUAACGAAAAUAUUUUCCAAAUGGCUAACGAACCGCAUCUAAGGCACCAGAAAAAAUCAAAAAAUAGCAAUGAAGAAGAGGAGAAAAUGGGACGUCGUAAACACGUUAAACCACUUCACAACCGUUCGUCUUAUAAAUUUUAUUUCUUAUACUUAUUGUUUUUCGGUAUUUCUUGUACUUUAGCGUAUCAAUGGUACUUCACGUCUUACAAAGUGAGAACUAUUGAUUACAUCGGAUACGGUCUUGGUAUCCAUUCUAACGAAUAUGCUGUGAUAAUUGAUGCCGGUAGUACUGGAUCUCGAAUUUUAGCCUUUUCAUUUUAUAGAUCACGAAUAGAUGGAAGCUUAAAACUUGAAAGCGAUAUAUUCAUUCAAAUCAAACCAGGUUUAUCGAGUUAUGCUGACAAUCCAAAGGCAGGAGCCCAAACGAUUGUUGAUCUUUUACAACAUGCCAAAGAUUUCAUUCCACAAAAAUCUUGGAGCAGUACUCCUUUCGCUCUUCGAGCCACCGCAGGAUUACGUUUAUUACCUAGUGAGAAAGCUCAAAACAUACUUAAAGAGGUGAAGAAAGUAGUAGAUGAUAGUCCGUUCCUUUCAGAUGAACAUUCUGUCUCCAUUAUGGAUGGAAAAGACGAAGGAUUAUUUUUAUGGUUCACCGUUAAUUUCUACUUAGAUAGUUUGAAAAGCGACACGUCGCAUACGAUCGCAACUUUAGAUUUGGGUGGUGGCUCUGUCCAGUUAACAUUUAUUCCUCGUAAGAUUGAUCGUAUCUUGAAAGAAGCUCCUGGUCAUCUUUAUAAAGUUUCCAUACUUCAUAAACCGGUUGAAACAUAUUCUUAUAGUUACCUGGGAUUAGGUUUAAUGAGUGCGAGAAUGCGAGUGUUUUUGAACGAAAACGCUGAAAAUGCCACAAACCUAAUUAGUUCCUGUGUAAACCCGCAAACUGAAGGGAAAAAAUGGUCCCAUGGCGGGAAUACUUAUAGUGUUAGCGGAAUUACCAAACAACCUAUACAAAAGAGAAUCGAGAAAUGUAAAAAAAUCAUCCAAAGCAUUAUCGAAGAAGAAAACGUGGAUAAGCCACCGGAAAUAUUCGAGUUGAAUAUCAGCGCAUUUUCGUAUUUUUUCGAUCGAGCUGCUGAAGCUGGCAUAGUAGAUUCCGAAGCUGGCGGAACAGUUACAGUGAAGGAUUUCCAAAUCGCAGCUGAUAAAUAUUGUCAAUCCUCCGAGACAACUCAACCACCAUUCAUGUGCCUAGAUCUGACGUUCAUGUGGUCUUUGUUCCAAUAUGGCUUCGGCUUCUCACCCGAUACUCCAGUUACGCUCACAAAUACUGUCGAUGGACAUGAAAUAAGCUGGGCCCUCGGUGCUGCGUAUAAAAUCUUAGAAAGCCAACCAUCAAGCUAAAUACGUGUUUCUCGUGUUAUUUUUGUUGUUCAGUAUUUCAAUAAAGAAAUCUUUUGUUAGUAAAAUCAGAA